UUUUUAUCAUCAUAGACGAGAAAGAACGAGAACUGCGACGAAGAAGAGAAGACGAAGACAACUUAUCAAGUGUUGAUAAUGUAGACACUGAGGGUCAGCCGAGCUCCGGCCUGCGGUCAGCAAAGGUUGUGAUUGGUUUAAUUCCCGAUGCCGAUUCAGCUGGACUACAGUUUCUACCUGAAGAACUAGAGUUUAGGCCUAGCAGUCUAUCAUAUCAGAUAGGUGUGUGGACUAGAAACAUAAUAUGUAAAGGAUCGCGCUUUGGUCCAAUACCAGCACGUCUUGAGUCAACGCGAACAUCCAAGCUAGCGUGGAAGGUGCUCGAGCAUGACGGACAAUUGAAAGGUUGGCUGAACACAGCCACGAAACCCACAGGCCACUGGACGAAUCUCGUCAGACGCUCUGAUAGUGCGGUGACCAGUAACACCUGCUUGGUGUUUGAGGAUGGCCAGUUAUAUUUGGAGGUUUCCUUGGAUUUGGAAGAAUCAGCAGAACUCAUCAUUUCGGCAGCGGACCUUGUUUUAGAAGGAAAAUCACAUUUCACAAAGGACCAACACGUUUCCAAAAACGACGGUCAAACAUUGAAUGACGUGGUUAAUUACGUCACAGCUUGCCGUUCCAGUAACGAAACACCAUCUAGUCAUAGAAACAAACUCAACUCACAGUCCAUCCAAUCAUUGCCCCCACCGUUGAUACCGAUUUCACGGACGGAAGAGAGAACUACUUUGAGUCUCAGUAACGAGCACUCUACGGAAAUGAGCGAUGAAGGAAUUCUUGACCAGCUUUCUGACACUUUGAGUUUCAACGACUCUGAUAUUUCUUCUCAUUGGUGUAGUGACCUGGGACAAGGCGACAAGGAGUAUAAAUGUAACCAAUGUCCAAAAGUGUUCAAUUGGAAAAGUAACUUAAUCCGUCACCAGGUGUCGCACGACGACUCGCGUCGUUACGUGUGUGAAAAUUGUAAGAAAGUGUUUACGGAUCCCAGCAACUUACAACGUCAUAUCCGUUCCCAGCACAUUGGGGCUCGUUGCCAUGCCUGUAUAGAGUGUGGGAAAACAUUUGCGACCUCUAGCGGUCUGAAGCAACAUACGCACAUUCACAGUAGUAUCAAGCCAUUCCGGUGUGAAGUCUGUUUCAAAGCUUACACCCAGUUCUCCAACUUGUGUCGACACAAAAGGAUGCAUGCGAAUUGUCGAAUGAAAAUUAAAUGCCAUAAAUGCGGUCAAGCAUUUUCAACAGUGACGUCACUAUCAAAACAUAAAAGGUAUUGUGAUGUUACAGUGCCGACAUCCACGCAGAAUUCGCCAAUUUACUCUCGUUCGUCUGAGGGCAAUUGUACUAGUCAAAACCUCGAGGGCAACAAGUGUUCUGAAUCCCUAAAUUUAAUGCCACAAACAAAUCAACUUUUAUUUUAUCCAAGGCUUCCCCUAUAUGCUCCCUCUCUGUACGGUUAUCCUCUGCUAUCAUGUGGAAGUCUCCCAGGGCCGCGACCCUUUCUCCCAGAUCCUACAAUAUUUACCUCAAAUAAAAAUAUCCCAUUUCCCGCCUCAUUCAACCCAGGAAGACUCAGCGAUCCACCAAACCAUCUCUCUAAAGUUCAAAAUCCAAUGUUUUUCCAGAAGGACGAAAGGAGACGUUCAGAGCCUUCAGAAUUUGACAUAUCAGAGGAAAUGGCAUCGGACAAGGAAUUGGACGAUCUUUUUUCCACCGAGGACGAAUAUAACAGUGGUGAAGAGAACGUCAAAACACCAUUAUUUACCCAGAAAUAUAGUGUUCACGAUCUGUUGUUUAGCCCGAAUCGAAAGUCUGCUGCUAGUAAAAUGCCAUCUGUGGGAAAAGAUAGUGUGAUUCCGAAACCAAAAACUUCAACGUCUUCGGCUACAGAUAAACCAUGUGAUCUCUCUCACAGUGCCGUGGCUCUAAAAAAAAGAGCAAAUAAAUGUAACCCAGGACAGAGAAGAAAAACAACUGCGCGAUGAACUCUUGAUUUGCGAGUCUUCAAAAAGAAGUCUUUCCCAGGAGAAGUUGAAGAACCUAAAACUUCAAUCCAGAAGAGUGCAAGGCUUGAAAGUCAGAAAAAUAUUAUUGGUUCUACAAGCGCAUUACAAGAGCUUUCUCAAACAUCGUUUCACGUGGCGUACCCACGACCUGUGCAUCCAUUGUUCUUGGGGAACAUGAAUGGUCUGCAACAGAAACAUCCAUUUCUUCCUUGCCCUUCUAGACUACCAGCACCGUUUUUUCAAAGACCUUCAUCUAUUAGCCAUCCAAUGUUCGGUGCCAGCGUUUCUUCUUUUGAUUUCUGGAGAAGUCACUUCGAGAAAAUGGAGAACCCAAUGGGGGAAAUGCUUUCUCAACAGCUAAAUAAGGCCAAAGAUCGCUACUCAUGUAAGUUUUGUGGUAAAGUAUUUCCUCGUUCUGCCAAUCUCACUCGCCAUCUUCGAACCCAUACAGGAGAGCAGCCAUAUAAAUGUAAAUACUGUGAGAGAUCGUUCAGUAUUUCCUCCAAUCUCCAACGUCAUGUCCGAAACAUUCAUAACAAGGAAAAGCCGUUCAAUUGUCCACUGUGUGAUCGAAGUUUUGGACAGCAGACCAACCUGGAUCGACAUCUAAAGAAACACGAGACUGAGGGUUCGAAAUUUCUCGACGGUUCUCCAAAGAUUGACGAAGAUAAUGAAGGACCAUUUGAUGAGAUUCGCAACUUUGUUGGUAAAGUUACAGAUGUAAAUAUCAGUGAUAAUAAAGAUCUUGCCGAACAACUAGAAAUAGACAGAAUCGAGCUAAUGGACUUUGUUGGAGGAGUUAUGCCAGAUGAACCAAAAGAAAGUAUACAAGAUGAAAAGUCUCCUUUUGAACUUAGAGAGGAUACUGCUGACCAUUCCUUUUCAGAGCCAAGGAAGCCUGUUUGUUCUUCUGAAACGAACAUGUCAUUAUCUUUUCUUCCAGGCGUUCAUCCUAAGGUAAACCACCAAGAUAUUGUUGGCGAUCAGCAAGACAUUGUUAAAAAUCACGACAGUGUUUUUGAAAACCAGCACGAUAUUGUUAAUGAUCAGCAAGAUAUUGUUAAAAAUUACGACAGUGUUACCGAGAACCAGCAAGAUAUCAUUCCUUCUACUUUAGCUGGUUCCUUCCAGCCUUCGGUGUUUCUGAACGGUGGAUUUUUCAAAGACAACACAAAUCUAACUCCUAGUUUGCAUGAAGAGCCGCCCAUUCAUCGAGAAUUCCUCCAACCUGAUUUGUCCUUGCAAAAUAAAGCGAAAGACAUAACUUUCAGGCAAGUAAGUAAUUCGAUAAUGUCCAAGGAAAACAGUUGUUCAGUGGGGAUCUUAUAAAAUACCCUAACAAUAUAGUUCUUGUUCAAUGUUGUUCUAGUCCGUACACCUAGAAAUCCGCAUCUCUAGUAGUGACGACAACAAUAUGGAGUGGUUGUCAUAUCAACGCUAGUAUAUGCACAAUGAAAGCCAGAGCUAUAGGACAACAAUAUGGAGUGGUUGUUAUAUCAACAUAGCUAGUAUAGACAAAAGGAAACCCAGAACUAUAAGACAACAGUAUGGGGGUGGUUGAUAUAUCAACACAGCUAGUAUAGACACAAGGAAAGCCAGAACUAUAGGACAACAAUGUGGAGUGGUUGUUAUAUCAACACAGCUAGUAUAGACACAAGGAAAGCCAAAACUAUAGGACAACAGUAUGGGGUGGUUGAUAUAUCAACACAGCUAGUAUAGACACAUGGAAAGCCAGAACUAUAGGACAACAGUAUGGGGUGGUUGGUAUAUCAACACAGCUAGCAUAGACACAAGGAAAGCCAGAGCUAUAAGACAACAGUAUGGAGUGGUUGGUAUAUCAACACAUCUAGUAUAGACACAAGGAAAGCCAGAACUAUAGAACAACAGUAUGGAGUGGUUGUUAUAUCAACAUAGCUAGCAUAGACACAAGGAAAGCCAAAACUAUAGGACAACAGUAUGGAGUGGUUGUUAUAUCAACACAGCUAGUAUAGCCACAAGGAAAGCCAGAACUAUAAGACAACAGUAUGGAGUGGUUGUUAUAUCAACACAGCUAGUAUAGCCACAA